AUGUCGCGGGAGCGUAGCCGCAGCCCUGUGGAAGAUGUGCUGGUCCGUGUGUGCAGCAUCUCGGGGCGGUGCUUGUUGGAGCAGCGCUUCCUGAAGCGUCAAACCUUGGAAGACGUGAAGACGGCGCUGCGCCCGCAGGUCGAGCCUCUGGCACAGCUGCGGCUGAUCUCAUCCGCCCAGGAAGUGCCGGAGGACGCAGUGCUGCAAGACCUUUGCGAUGCAGAAGGCACGGUGUCCCUCACGGUGCUGCGCGUUCUGGGGCACCUGGCACUCACUGGCAACACCGAGGGCACCCUGCAGUUGUGGGACCUGGAUGAUGGCCGCUGCGUGCACACCAUGGGCCAGGGCGGCUCCCAUGUCUCUGGACUCGAAGUGGACUGGGAGAACCGGCGGGCGCUGUCAGGAGACCUGCACCACACGGUGCGGCUCUGGGAUUUGGAGGAGGGGCGCUUGGUCCACUGCAUGCCUGGGCACGAGAGCAUCAUCCGUGGCGUAGAGGUGGACUGGGCCCGCGACCGCGCGGCCACCUAUGACGCGGUGGGCCUACUGAUUUGCUGGGACCUGAGCAAGGGCGAGGCAGAGCACAUGCUUUUGGCACACGAAGGUGGCGUGCUGGACAUUGACGUGGAUUGGAAGGAGAUGCGGAUUCUCAGCGUGGGGGCGGACUUCGCGGUGAAGGCGUGGGUUCAGGGCCAAGAGCUUUGGGCCCGGCAACUCUCAGGCAACUGCGGCCUGGAGCGGCUGGUAGACGCCGGCCUGGAAGCGGACUGGGCCAAAGACCGCCUGGCGCUGUGCUGGGACAUGUCUGUGCACCUUUGGGACCUGAAGACGGGUGAGCUGCUGCACAGUCUCACUGGACAUGGUGACCACAUCAAGGGCUUUAGCGUGGACUGGGAGACGCAGCGCUGCAUCUCCUGGGGCGAGGAUGGGCUGGUGCUGCUGUGGGACCUGCAAAAAGGAAAUCUGCAACAGCAGCUGUUGGGCCACCAGGAGGCAGUGACUGGCGCGCUGUGCAACUGGGAGCCUUUGGGCUGCCUCAGCUUCUCCAGCGACUGCACCUUGCGCCUCUGGACGCCCACGAAGUCCGCGUGCCUUGAGGGGCACUCGGACCUCGUGUGCGGUGCGGAGGUGUGCUGGGAGCAGAGCCGCGCGUUCAGCUGGAGUGACGACUCGACUCUGCGGCUCUGGGACUUGCAGGCCGGCGCCUGCCUUCAGCUCUUCGAGGGGCACCAGGGCCCCGUGUGGGCGGCGCAUGUGGACUGGGAAGGCGGACGAGCUCUGAGCUACAGCUUUGCUCAUCGAGUGCUGCUGCUUUGGAGCUUUGAGGGCGGCAUGCAGAGGAUCUCGCUGGAGGACGACGGCGCCUCGCCCGCGGACUCGCUGAUCCCUGCGUGGCUGGGGGGCGCCGAUGUGAACUGGAGCCGGCAGCGCGCCUUGGCCUGGUGCCUCAGCGACGGCCUCAUCCGCGCGGUGGAUCUGCCCAAGCAGCGGCUCCGGCGGCUCACUGGGCACGGCAAGGCGCGCGAGAUGAUUCUUGGGCAGACCAUCUUGCGUCGGAUGGACAUCCUGAGUGUUUGCCUGGUGUUGAAGGAGCACCAUGUGCCCGAAACUUCGGCCAGAGGCCUGAGGCUGUGGCCGACCCUUGCCGCCUUCUUACUGGUGACGAUGACCGUAUUUGCUGCAGCCAACAGGGGCACCAUGUCUCGCGUUGAGGACCUCAGCUCCGUGAGCAAGAAAUACCAGCACCUGGACGCCUGGCUCUUCAACGGCCAGCUGCCUAAGGGCAGCUCCUCCGCGAUGUCCGCCGGCUUCUCUGAGGCCCCAGAGGAGAACAUGCAUGACGGCAACCCAUGCGGCGAUGAUGAAGAGUACUUCGAAGAGCUGUGCUACUUGAAGUGCUCGCUCUUGACGCAGAGCACUCACCCCAUCCGGACCAGCGCCUUUACCUGUUGUAAGCAGCAGCCUUGCGGCUUCGACAACACCAAGGUGAGUCUCAAUGUCCCGUGCUCGGGCUUCGACGUGGCGGGCAGCCUGAACGGGCAAGAGGGCGCGUGCCCUCACGGCAUCGGCACCUGCUUGGAGGACGAGGAGCUACUGCUGGGCAUGUGCUAUAAGAAGUGCUCCCUGCUGACCAACGGUGCGUACAAGAAUCGCGUGGCGGCCACGACCUGCUGCUCCUCCACGGGCUUGGAUUGCUUCAAUCCCAUGAACCUGCGGACGAACUUUGUGAAGUUCCCGGUGGGCGGCGGCAAGGACAACGGAAGCGACAAGUUCACCAAGCCGCACUGGCCCGUCAAGGCACUCACCGAGGAGGGGGCUCAGGCAUCUGAUGGUGCAACAACUGGACCACCUGCGUAA